AUGUCCUUUACUUCUCUUUUUGUUGUGCUUCUUACUUCUUGUUUUCCUUUCUUCUUCCCGGUAGGAUUCUUCAAAGAAAGUUGAUAGUUUCUCUUUCCUGCGGAACAAAUUCCAGCAAUGCCACCACCUACAUCAGAUCGAAGCAUUGUCAAGACCAUUGCUGCCACAGCUGCAAUUACUCUAGUUAUUGCUGGAGUGGCGUUCUUAUUCUUCCAAAGAAUAGCAAAACACCGCAAGAAAACUAAAACCAACUCAAGCUUCCGUCGAGAGGAAGCAACACUCACUCAUGAAGACUUCAAUAAGUUUAAAGGAAAAGUAAAAGGUUUAAUUGUUGAUGAAAACGGACAAGAUGUCCUGUACAUGAGGAGACUCGAAGAUGGGCAACUUAAAGCUACUUUUCCGAAGAUUGUGUUCAAUCCUAGUUAUGAAGAAGAAGAAGAUGAAGAAAACAGAGUGGACGUACUGAGAAAACCAAAACCAAGGGAAGCUUUGUCACUCCAUGAGCCAUCUGAUUUGUAUGGUUAUAAGAAAAAGGCAGAGACAGUUCAACAAAAUCCUACUCCACCACCUCCAUUUUCAGCAAAGCUGCUGGAGCAAACUCCACCUCCUCCUCCAGCCACUCCAACUGAAAAAGUUCCAGCACCACCACCGCCGCCACCACCACCUCCUCCUCCUCCACCUCUGCUUGCUCGUCCACCACCGCCACCACCACCACCAAUACCAGUAAAAAGAAAUUCUACAACACUUCCACCACCUAAGGGACUAAAUUCGAUUCCAUUAUUGAAACCUCCACCUGCACCUAGACGGAAUGCAGAUAAGAGUAAGGAAGGAGCUGCUGCAGCGGAGAACUCAAAAAGGACUGUUGUUGGCCAGAAGAAGCUGAAACCAUUGCACUGGGACAAGGUUUUAACCAAUGUUGAUCAUUCAAUGGUCUGGAAUGAGAUCAAGGAUGGAUCGCUUAGAUUUGAUGAUGAAAUGAUUGAAAAUCUAUUUGGAUACACUACCACCAAUCGCAGAACCCCUGGAAGCACUAAUAUGUCCAUCAGUUCAAGCAGUUCUAAUCCUGCAAUGACUGCCCAAAUUUUUAUCCUUGAGCCCCGCAAGUCCCAGAAUACAGCAAUUGUACUAAGAUCUCUAGCAAUCUCCCGAAAAGAAAUCAUUGAGGCCCUCCUUGAGGGCCAGGGACUUACCAGUGACAUUUUAGAAAAACUGACCAAAAUUUCUCCAAGCCAAGAAGAAUCGGCAAAAAUCCUCCAAUUCAACGGCAACCCAACUAAACUUGCAGAUGCCGAGUCUUUCCUUUUCCACAUCCUGAAAGCUGUUCCUUUGGCAUUCAUCCGUAUUAAUGCAAUGCUUUUUAGAUCAAAUUAUGAUUCGGAAAUUCUUCACCUUAAAGAGUCCUUGCAAGCUCUUGAAUUGGGCUGUAAGGAGCUUAGAACCCGAGGGCUCUUCCUAAAACUUCUUGAAGCCAUUCUUAAGGCUGGUAAUAAGAUGAAUGCUGGAACCUCCAGGGGAGAUGCACAAGGUUUCAACUUAACUGCCCUCCGCAAGCUGUCUGAUGUUAAAAGCACCGAUGGGAAGACUACUCUACUCCACUUUGUUGUGGAACAAGUGAUCCGAUCAGAGGGUAGACGCUGUGUAAUCAGUCGGAACCAUAGCCUUGGAAGAAGUAAUACUCUAAGAAGCAAAAAUAGAGAUUUAAAUUCAGAUGGCCUCACAGCAGAGGACAAAGACAAAGAGUACCUUAAAUUAGGAUUGCCAGUAGUGGGAAGCUUAAGUUUUGAGUUCUCAAAUGUAAAGAAAGCAGCCACAAUAGAAUGUGACCCUUUCAUCAAUACAUGCACCUCUCUCACAUCCCAUGUUGCAGAAAUUCGGCAGCUAGUGACACGCUGUGCCACUGGUGAGAAAGGUGGGUUUCUAAGGGAAAUGAAAGGGUUUCUAGAGGAGUGCGAAGAGGAACUUAAAGUGGUUAGAGAGGAGCAAAUAAGGGUUAUGGAGCUUGUGAAGCGAACAACAGAAUAUUAUCAAGCAGGAGGUGCCAAAGACAGAUGGGCACACCCCAUUCAACUGUUUGGCAUAGUGAAAGAUUUUCUUGACAUGGUUGAUCGAGUUUGCACCGACAUUACUCAAAAUUUACAAAAGAAGAAUGUGAUGAGUGUAGUAUCAUCGACGUCACCAUCACUUUCACCAGCAGCAAGAACUCCAGUGACAUUCCGAAAUUUCCGUGAACAAUUCAUGUCAAAUAUAGCUGAGACGAAAACUUCCAGUGAAUCAGAUGAUAGCUUUUGAAGA